AACAAAUCUAAAAGCCCAAGUAAUUCAAUUUAAAACUCCUCGAUCAAAUCCAUCUGCCAAUUCUAGGGAUAACAUGAUAAAUGGGGUUAGGGACAGUGUUUGAACGUUCAGUUGCUUCUUAUGUGGAAGGGAUCCAUAACCAUGUGAGGCAACAGCACAAAAGGUCGUCUUCCAUGAUUUGAACCGGGUCCUUUGGGAUGGACUGUAUGUUGGGGAAGUUUCAUCAUCUAGAACCGAACCUUCUCUUUAGGAACUUGAGUACUAUUUGGAGGUUAUUUCGUCAAUAGCGCAUAGAACGAGUUAUUUCUGAUAUAAUGAAAGCAUCCUUUGAUGGUUUCCAGUUGAUCUUACUUGAGGGUGCAACACAGUUAAAGCAGUUCUCCCGUAUUUCACACUGAUACAGAGAACAUAGUUGAGCAGUUCAAAUGCUGUACUCUCGAGAGUUAUGGUACUUCUGCAAAAUCCAGGCUUCCAUCAUCUCCAACUUCUAAUCAAUAGAGUCCGACGGAAUCAAACCACACUCUUUGCAAUUUUUGCGCUACUGCAGCGAUGAGACAAACGCAGAGUUCCUUCGGAAGACCUACAAUUUGCCAACGAAAACAAAUUUGCUGGUGGAAAAUGGAUUACCAAAGCCCCAUGACACUUUUGCAACUGCAAUUUGUAGAGAAAUCAUAUAUGUUACGAAAAAUUAUAAAUAUAGCUCUUGUAGAGUAGUUACACACUUGCUGGAUUUUAUUUAUCUGAAGCCUGCAUUACAUGUUGAAGAACCUCCCGAGGCAAGGAAGAUGAAUUUGCUUCUUGGCAUAUGGCAAUAACAGGAUUUUAUUUAUUUACAGUCCCGAAUGGGUGCAAUAUCAAAUGUAGCAGCUGGACAGUCAUCUUCAGAAAAAAGGUAAAAAAUUAAA